GUUAUUCCCCUAAGAAUGGGUUUGGAGGAAGCAAAUUGCUCUGAGGAAAAUGGGGACAAGAAAGAAAAGCUUCCCCAAAUUGGAACCAUUACUUUGCAUUGCUUUUCAGAUUUAUCUCGUACAUUGCCAACAACAUUUGUGUACCUGCUAAAGGAAUGUUAUAUUCAUGGCACCUUCAAGGCCACUGCCAAAUUCCGGAUUCUCCAGCAACAAGUCGUGAAGGCACUUGAUAAUGCUCCUCCUGCUGGACCUUCUAACUAUAUUGUACAGUGCCUGUAUGUUUUACCAAUAUUUGGGCCUGCCUAUGCUGAAGGCUUUAGUCACUUGUUGUUGUCUUCUCUUCGACGUUUUUGUCGUUUGCAUUCUUCACGUGAUUCAUCUGCAGAUUCUUCUGAAGCAAAAAUUUUGGCCGCACAUUUGUUUCUUGAUGUACUUGCUGGUUUAGUUAUCCAAGAGGAGCGUAUUCUUAUGAAGUUGCUCGAAGAUUUUGACAUUAAAUUGAAGGACAUUGGAAGAGCCAUAUGUGGCUCUGUAGUGCAUGCGGAUUGUUCAAGAAUAGCAAAGGAACGUGUUGAAAAUUAUAUCUUCCAACUUAUAGAAUCCCAAUCUUAUAUAAAUGCAGUUCAUCUUUUAGAACGCUUUUCCCUUCGGAUAUGUAGCCAGUCUCUUCUUGAUUCAAUGAUUAAGGACAGUCAAUUUAAGGCAGCUGAGAAGUGGGCCACAUUCAUGGGAAAGCAAAUGGUUUGUUAUCUUAUUCAAUGGUAUAUUGACAAGAAGAUGCUUAAAGAUGCGUACACGAUGAUUAAGGAAAAUUGUUUAAAGCAGGAAUUUCCAGAUGCAUAUUAUCAAUAUAAAGAAAUUUCAAUGAAAAAGCUAGCAGAGAAAGGAUGUUGGGAUGUUGCGGAGUUCAAGACUAAUAAUGAUCAACAGCUUCUUUUAUACCUGGUUUACUUGGCACUGGAAGCUGGCUACUCUGAGAAGGUUGCUGAUCUAUGUGCUCGCUACUCCCUUGAAGGUUUCUCACGUGAUCCAGUUCCUGAAGCAAGUCCACCCCCAACUCGUUACUUGCACCUAUCAGACUUGAAUUUAGAAGAUGUUAUUUGGGUUGAAAAUGUUGAAAGGCUGAUCGAUGCCACUUGCCAGAUUGAGGGAAACAAAGUUGUUGGCAUUGAUUGUGAGUGGAGGCCUAAUUAUGUGAAAGGAAGGGAACAAAACAAGGUAUCAAUUCUGCAAAUUGCUUCAGAAAGGAAAGUUUUCAUCAUUGACUUAAUAAAGUUAUCGAAGGAUGAUCCCAACUCCUUAAACAGUUGCAUUAGGCGCAUAUUAUGUUCUCAUAGAAUUCUCAAACUUGGAUAUAAUUUGCAAUGUGAUUUGCACCAGUUAUCAUAUUCUUAUGAAGAGCUGGAAUGUUUUCAGCAUUAUGAUAUGCUAUUAGAUGUCCAGAAGAUGUUCAAGGAAUCCAGAGGAGGUCUGUCUGGCCUUACCAAGAAAAUUCUGGGAGCUGGUUUGAACAAGACUAGGCGGAACAGCAAUUGGGAGCAACGCCCUUUACAUCCUAAUCAGCUAGAAUAUGCAGCUCUCGAUGCUGCUGUCUUGAUUCCCAUAUUCCAUCAUGUAUGCAGCCAACCAAAUACUACGUCAGCCAAAACUGGUCGCCCUAAAUUUGAAUGGAAGUCACACAUUGUUUCACACUUAAGCAACACGAAAUCAUUCCCGAGAAGCCAGUCUUGAAGCCACAGAAUGCAUCACUAUCACGAAUGGCAGUUCAAAGACUAGCGUGUACAUCCUUCUUUUCUCUCUAGCACAAGAACCAUAAUGUGUAUUUGUCCUCUCUCUAGUUUCUGGACGGGUAUCCAUGUUCUUCCCUCUCUUUACUCACAGAUCAAUUUGUAUAUUCUUUUUCCUCUCUAGGUCUUGGACAGUUAUGUAUAUUCAUCUCCUUCUAGUUCACCAACUCUUAUCUACAUUCUCUC